AUGGUUAUUAUAUUAUAUACAAUGCUUGAGUCAAUUAGUACAGAUAGAGAUGAACAACAAAAAUUACGCGAACAAUCAAUUAACGAACGUCUCGAUUCUCUUGAAGAUUCUAUUCAAGAUCUCGAUAAAUCAAUUAAAUAUGCAAAUCAAAAACAAAAACAAAAAUUAACAUUAAAACAACAAUCAAAUUUAUUAGCUGAUAGUCUUAAAGAAAAAACAGUUUCACAAUCGAUUGAAAAUAAUACUCAAACAAUUUCAUUCAAAUCUAAUCAUAGUAAUAAUCAAUGUGCCUGGCGAAUGUCGUCUCCAAUGAAUACUACAUUCGACAAUCGAGCAUUAUAUGAUAAUCUUCCAUUUGAUAAUCAAAAUGGUGGCGUAUGGAUACAAGGUUUUGAUAUUCAAUAUAAUACAUCACAAUGGACAUCAAAUAAUAAAUUAAAAAUAAUUAUUAUGCCUCAUUCACAUUGUGAUCCAGGUUAUUUACCAAUCAUUUUAGAAUAUAAUAUGCUCCAGUGA